AUGAGGAGAGCUGUCCUGAAAGAAGCCGCCAAACGAUUCCCCUGGCUGGCCAAUGUCACUUUGUACGGGUGCUUAUUCGCCGGCGGUGACCUGGUCCAUCAGCUCAUGGCUCAGAAGGAGCGCAUUGACUGGAAACACACACGCAACGUGGCCAUUGUUGCAAUCAGUUUCCAUGGAAAUUUUAAUUACUUUUGGCUGCGAGCUCUGGAGAAGCGUUUCCCCGGGAAGUCCGCCGGAAUGGUUUUCCGCAAACUCCUGCUGGACCAAAGCUUUGCGUCGCCUUUGGCCACCAGUGUCUUCUAUACGGGGGUGAGCUUCUUGGAGGGUAAGGAGGACGUCUUUGAAGACUGGAGGGAGAAGUUUUUCAACACCUGGAAGACUGGACUCAUGUACUGGCCAUUCAUGCAGUUUCUGAACUUCGUUCUGAUGCCGCUGUACAUGCGUACGGCCUUCAUGGGCUGCUGCGCCUUCCUCUGGGCCACCUUCCUGUGCUUCUCCCGGCAGAGUGGUGACGGCACUGCAGGAGUAGCUCUGGCCUUCGUCAUAGACCCCCGUAAGACCCUGGAGGAGAUGCGUGAAGCCCGGCUGGCCCGAAAAAGGCAAAAGACUCAGAGGGAAAACUAA